UGUCAUUCACACUGGCACGCAUCCGGAGGAGGACACCGUACUCUCGCUACUCUUUAUGCCGACGAUGGCACCACCUUCCGCGGUCACUUGUGGAGCUUUCAUCGGCGGGACGUUUCGGUGACGGCGGAACACAAGGUACGGUUGUGCUGCCUCAGCAGAAUGAAGCCACCAUCCUCACUGCGGCUACGCUAGCCCGAUCCUGGCGCCGAUGACCCCUUUUGAUGCCUUGUCUGCUUCUGUUUUUCCUUUCUGCCCCUUUCCUCCAGUCACUCUUCUUCCUGUGUGUCUUUUACCCCCCUGAGCCUUCCUUAUUGCUCAAGAGAGCUGUAGCUGGCAGCAUAUGAAGCAGGCCUGGCACCGGACAGAGUGUAGAAGAUUCAAGGAGUAGACGCAUUCAAGAUGCCGGGGGCAAACUUCACUCGAGCGCCAUGAGCUAGCGAGGACCACAAAACGUUCUUUAAAAAAAAACAAAAAAAAAUCACACAAUAGCUGUCUUUUCCCACACUCGGUCAUGCCAGCCAAGGGGAAAUACUUGUUGAACGACCAGGAGCUAAAGAACGAGGCGCUGUACCGCAAGUUCUCCUGCAUCAGCCAGUAUCAGCCACUGGUGCUCCUGCUGGGCCUUUCCAUGCUGUCCUGUGCAGUCCUCCUGGUUCUCUUCUUCGCCCUCGGACUGAGGGCUGAGGAACACUGUGCCUUUGUGAGCGUUGUGAGCGGCGGCUUGUGCGUCUUCCUGGCCGUCUUUGUCCUGGUGUGCACCGAAAUGCUGUCCCAACGCUGGCGGCGUCCGCUGGGCCUGCUGGUGUGGGCGGCGCACCUCGCCAUGGGCUUCACCUUCAUCUUCAGCGGGCCUGUCGUCCUACCGUGGGAUCAGGUGCCAUUCUUCCUGUUCAUCAUCUUCACCGUGUACACCAUGCUGCCGUUCCCGUGGUGGUAUGCGGUGGCGCUGAGCGUGGUCUCGUCGCUGUCCCACAUCGUAGCGCUCACUUUGCGCCUCACCGUGUACAGCGACGCGCCCGUGCCGUACCUCGCCAACCAGCUGCUGUCCAAUGCGGUGGUGUUCCUGUGUGGCAGCGUGGUGGGAGCCUUCCACAAGGUCCUCAUGGAGAAAACCCUCAGGCAGACCUUUCAGGACACGCUGCGAUGCCUCAGCAUGCGCAUGAAGCUGGAGAUAGAGAAGAGACAACAGGAGAACCUGCUGCAGUCUGUGCUGCCGGUCUACAUCUCCAUGAAAAUGAAGUUGGCCAUCAUGGAGCGCCUGCAGGACUGCAAAGACAAGGAGGAGCAACAGCGGCUCGUCAAAGACAACAACUUUCACAGCCUCUAUGUCAAACGGCACGAAAACGUCAGUAUUCUCUAUGCCGACAUUGUGGGCUUCACUCGACUGGCCAGCGACUGUUCCCCCAAGGAGCUCGUUGUCAUGCUCAACAAACUGUUCGGAAAGUUUGACCAAAUUGCAAAGGAAAACGAGUGCAUGAGAAUCAAGAUCCUGGGCGACUGCUAUUACUGUGUAUCGGGCCUGCCGGUGUCUCUGCCCAAACACGCCAAGAACUGUGUGAAAAUGGGCCUGGACAUGUGUGAAGCCAUCAAGCAAGUCCGAGAGGCCACCGGCGUGGACAUCAACAUGCGAGUGGGCGUGCACUCGGGCAACGUGCUGUGCGGCGUGAUUGGCCUGCGCAAGUGGCAGUUUGACGUGUGGUCACAUGACGUGACGCUGGCCAAUCACAUGGAGUCGGGAGGCCUUCCGGGACGUGUGCACAUCACUGAGGCCACGCUGAAGCACUUGAACAAGGCGUACGAGGUGGAGGAGGGCGACGGGCAGCUCCGGGAUCAAUACCUCAAGGAGCUUAACGUCAGAACCUACCUCGUUAUUGACCCUCGGUCCAAAGAUCCGACGCAGAGCAGCCGCAGCGUCCCCAAGCCUCGUGUGAACGACGGUUUGAAGAUGCGAGCGUCGGUGCGCAUGACGCGCUACCUGGAGUCCUGGGGGGCCGUCAAGCCGUUCGCCCACCUGCAGAGCCGAGAGGGCUUCGCGGUGGAAACCCUCGGCAACGGCAAGUCGUUCAGCAAGGACAUCCCACUGCGAACAGCACCCAGCUCCAAGCUUACUGAGAGCUUUGAUGAGUCACUAGAAGAGCGGUUGUCCUUGUCCACGCCCUCAUUCAGCAGCUAUAAAAAUAAGUCUCAGAAGAGUCGCUUUGAUGAGGAGCUGCACAACGAGAUGACCACCACCAUAGAUGAACUGGGCACCAAACAAUGGUACAAGUCUGAGGAGAGUGGCAGUUUAGCCAUAUGGUUUCCAAAGAAAGACCUAGAAAAACAGUACCGAGCCUUGGAUUUGCCCAUGUUCAAGGACUACGUGGGCUGCGCGGCCAUCAUCUUCCUCUGCAUCUUUUCCAUCCAGAUGUUAGUCACCAGGGAUCGGCAGAUACUCGGAGUGACGUUCGCGGUGUUGGCGUGUGUCCUGCUGCUGACACUGGCCAUCUGUUUUGCAGCUCACAUACAGCGCAUGUUUCCAGAGAAACUGUCAGGCUGGCAGUGGCUGGCGAUGGUCUCUGAGGCGGUGGUGAAGAAGCCUUGUGUGCGCCUCCCCCUGGCUGCCGUCACCACUGCCGUCAUAGUUCUCUUGGCAGUCUUCAACCUGUGCUUCGUCCAGACACAUUUUCGACAAUGUUCCAGUGGUGACGUUCACACCCAGGGUCACGCAAAUGAUUCCCAGCGAGUGGGAUUACAGGGAGGACUCUUCUAUUUGCCUUACUCUGUUUACUGCUGUAUCCUGUCCCUGAUCGCUUGCGGCGUGUUCCUGCGGGUCAGCUUGGAGCUCAAAGUGCUCUUCCUCACCCUGGCGUCCAGCGCGUACUACAUCAUCAUCCUCAGCACCAACAGCCAGCUCUUUGUGGCCUACGCCGACGUCCUUCACGCUCAGAUUACCGGAGAGGGCAACUGCAGCAGCCUAGCGGACAAGUCCAUGGUGAGGCUGGUGGGCCUGGUGAAGCACCCCCAGGUGAUGAGCUGCAUCUAUAUCACAUUGUUCCUGGUGACCAUGCUCAUCAUCUCACAGCAGAACGAGUCGUGCUUCCGCCAGGACUUCCUGCUCAAGUACAAAAACCACACGGAGCAGGAUGAGAUCGAGACCCGGGAGAACCUAAACCGCCUGCUUCUGGAGAACGUGCUGCCCGCCCACGUGGCCUCGCUCUUUGUUGGCGAGAACAAGAAAAACGAGGACCUCUACUACAAGUCUUACGACUGCGUGUGCGUGAUGUUUGCCUCGGUGCCUGACUUCAAAGAGUUCUACACCGAGUGCGACAUCAACAAGGAGGGCCUGGAGUGCCUGAGGCUCCUCAACGAGAUCAUUGCCGACUUCGACGAGCUGCUGUCAAAGCCCAAGUUCAGCGGCGUGGAGAAGAUCAAGACCAUCGGUAGCACGUACAUGGCGGCGGCGGGCCUCAGCGGACCGCCCGGUCAGGAGAACAAUCAGGACCGGGAGCGUCAGCAGGCCCAGAUCGGCAUCAUGGUGGAGUUUGCGGUCGCGCUCGUCAGCAAGUUGGACGGCAUCAACCGACAUUCCUUCAACAGCUUCAAGUUGCGCGUGGGUAUUAACCACGGUCCCGUGAUCGCCGGCGUAAUCGGCGCCAGGAAGCCUCAGUACGACAUCUGGGGCAACACGGUCAACGUGGCCAGCAGGAUGGAGAGCACCGGCCAGCUGGGAAAGAUACAAGUGACGGAGGAGACGUCUGACGUGCUGCACAGGCUGGGAUACUCGUGCGAGUGUCGCGGCUUCAUCAGUGUGAAAGGCAAAGGCGAGCUCAAGACCUUCUUUGUGUGCACAGACACGAGCAAGCAGCAAGGCAUGGGCCUCAGUUGAGGCCAGGAGAUCACGCUCGGAAAAUGCGACGCUUGCGUGUAGGCGCGAGCCCAGUGUUUACACGCCCACCACCCAAGGAGUGACUGUAAUACAGAUGUGGUCCUGCGGGGUGUGCUGGAAAUAAAGGAACUACAGUGUGUCACUGCGCUGGAUGCGAUCAUAAUGGACUUUGCUUCAAACAAACUGGAAAUGGCCAAAAUACCUGAAAAACUCUAUCUUCAAACAAAAAUGGCCAACUAUCUGCGGGGUUUACAGUACCGUACAUUUUCUUCAUUGAUUUUGGUGUGUCCUGUCAUCAACAUCCAUGCUGGUACUCCAAAAAUAUGUUGCCUUGAUCAAUGUUUGCAAAAUUUGGUGAAAUUUUGAUUGUUUAAAAAAAAAAAGAUGAUUUAGGUUUGUGAAUAAUAAUAAUAAAGUGAUAAAAGGGGACUUUGCAGAUAAUGUAGUGGUACAGUUGCCUGACUGACUGCCCCAUGGGUUCAGGUGUUUGUGUGACUGUUAAUGAUCUGUCUUAGAUGUGCCCUGUGAUUGACUGGUCUCGUCUGCCUUUCGCCAAAAUCAGCUGGAAUCGGAUCCAGCUCUCGCAACACUUAACAGGAUAAGUAUUAUAAAAUUGAUUGAUAAUAGGACCCCUUUUUGCCAGUUUAUUAUUCUCGUAUUAUACCAUGUUCUGCACACAUUAGUGCAUUUAGUGUCGCCCAUGUGUCAAAGAUACCUGCUUGCGAUUGGGGCUCGUUUGGGUAAAUUCUCUAGGAGGAGUAGUUCAAAGUGCAAGUCCUGCAACAAAAUGGGUGUGUCAAAUCAAAAUGGAUAAUUUGUUCAAUUCCAGGCAUGGGUCUUUGAGACAUUUCCACCCAAAUUUCAUGUCAAGUUUGGGGACUUGUGAAUACGCACAUUUCCACCAGGUUGCAUUUACUUGUUAAAAUAUAUUAUGGCCCUUGGAGGACGUGAUAGGGAAAAACACCCGUCACUUUUGUACUUUAAUGACCAUGAAAAGAAAAAGUGUUGUACUAACACCAUUUUGUGGCCGAUAAAACAACAAUGGAUUCUGUCUGUGGAUCAUUUUGUCAGUUUCGUUACUGUGUAAUGAGCAAGAGUUGUGGUUUGAUGGGGGUAGUAUUUUUAGUGGGACAAUCUGUAUAUCUGUGUCGUUAACAAGCAUGUAGUUCUUUCCAGAGUGUCCUCAUCAUGCUUGCUACUUUCUUACCUGUGAGGCAUGUUGCUUCUUGAGCAGGACUGACUCAUGUUGUGUGGCCUUACACCGCCUCUAUCUUGUGUGAGGAUAUUCUAAAUAACACUGUUGUAUAUUUGGCCUUUUCUUGCGUGUGAACAAAAUGUCCUGAAUAAAUUAUUCACAAUAAGCAUAUGGUUUGUUAAUUUAAAAGGUUUAUCAAAUGUCACAUAGUGAGGAUUUUUUUUUUUGUACCAAAAAAAUGUUGUUA